UUCAAAGAAAUGAUAAACUUUCAAAGAAAUGAAAAGGAAAACAAACAAUUGUUCUUUCUAGGGACACUGGAGGACAUUUAGAGCAGGGGGCUCUAGAUGGGUUGGAAAACUACUAUGGUAUGCCACCGUUACCUUUGAUGGCACAACCUUGAUAAAAGCUUUAACAAAAAUUUGUGGGGGGCCCUGAGCCCUAGCUCCCUUGAUUUAGCGUGAUUGAUUCUCUUAGUAUUUAAUUGUGUUUUUUGUUUCUACUAGAAAAAUUUCUUCGAUUCGUCAUUAAAGAAUUAAAAUUUCGUUAAAGAGCUAGUCUUUACGUUAGUGAAAACAAAUGAAUUCGAAAAACUUAAAACAGGGACACCAGAACAGCUCAAGAACCAUGGGAAAUGGCAGGCUUGACGAAAGCGAAUUUUUAAUGUCUUCUCAACUGAUGUCUUCUUUUCAAUAUGUUACAAAAAGAGGUAUAUUUCCGGCACAUGAAGCACUUUUUUCAGCAGAGUCUUCAGAAAAAAAACAAGUAGUUUAUUAAUUGAGAAAAGCACUACAAUCGGAAGAGCUAUACGUUGGUUUAGAUAUGAUCUCAAUCUCGAAUCAAUUCGAUUGGAUUGAGGCCCCCUCUCCUUCCUCCCCGAGAACAUCACUUUCAUUCAUCCCUAACUUCAUGAUUAAUAAAGAAAGUGCCUCUGGUUUACUUUUUCGUAGCGCAUGUUCAUGGGAAAAUGUGAUUAAAUAUUAAAAUCAGCAGAGUUUGACCAUUUUUGGUGGCAACUGUUUGUGUCAGAAGCACAGAACAAGUUCGGUUUUCUAGUUUCUGAAAAUAUGGUCCUGACAUUGCUGUUUUAUUUUGGUUGCAUUUUGUCACUUAACGUGAAAGCAGAAAAUAUUGUAAGACACAGUUGUGGAACAGAAGGGACGUUUUACAAAAUCGCAUCAAAUUAUGCACUGAACGAGGCGAAUGCAGCAAUAAAAACGACGUCACAAGGAGUUCUUGGAUGCACCGAGUUUUGCUUGAAGAACGAAAGCUGCAAGGCAUUCAAUUACAAAAAAGUUUCGCCAGUUGAAUCGUUAUGUGAACUUCUGCAGAAUGAUAGAAACACGAAAGAAACAGAUGUGGCCCCGAGGGAUGGUUGGAGUUAUUACGACACAGGAUUAUAUUCAUCGCAGAUUGGUCAACAUUGCCGGAGCUUAUCGUACAACCCCUGCUACCCUUGCUUGUGUAUUGAUUCAUGCUAUUCUAGUCCUGGAUACAGCUGCAACUGCACAAAUGGAUCUCCACGCCUUCCUACUAUUUAUACUGCUUUUGAAACAACUGUUGCUGGAGAUUCAAAGAAGUCGGCUUAUGACCGAGGACAAGAUAUGGAUGGAAACAAAGUUGUUGCUUUGCUCAAUGGAGCCAUGAUUACAUCUUCAGUUGGCAGGCCUGGUAGAGUUUUACGAUUGUAUGGCACCAACGCUGGAGCUGUUCUUGGCACUUUCUCUUCACAUACAUUGAACAACCCAGGUGGUUCAAAGAUGAGCAUAUCACUUUGGAUUCGAAUAGCAUCUCCCUAAACACGAUAUCAAACUAUUUUUGGGUCAGGAAGGUUAAACUCUCACACAGGGGUGCUUACGCGAGCCAUCUUAUGAUAGGCCACAGUUGGCUAAUAUUUCUGUUUUGUAUUCAUUUUUUCACUUUGACAUUUUUUGCAAGCAACCCAGGUGGUUCAAAGAUGAGCAUAUCACUCUGGAUUCGAAUAGCAUCUCCCCAAACACGAUAUCAAACUAUUUUUGGGUCAGGAAGGUUAAACUCUCACACAGGGGUGCUUACGCGAGCCAUCUUAUGAUAGGCCACAGUUGGCUAAUAUUUCUGUUUUGUAUUCAUUUUUUCACUUUGACUUUUUUUGCAAGCAACCCAGCUGGUUCAAAGAUGAGCAUAUCACUUUGGAUUCGAAUAGCAUCUCCCCAAACACGAUAUCAAACUAUUUUUGGGUCAGGAAGGUUAAACUCUGACACAGGGGUGCUUACGCCAGCCAUCUUAUGAUAGGCCACAGUUGGCUAAUAUUUCUGUUUUGUAUUCAUUUUUUCACUUUGACUUUUUUUGCAAGCAACCCAGGUUGUUCAAAUAUGAGCAUAUCACUCUGGAUUCGAAUAGCAUCUCCCUAAACACGAUAUCAAACUAUUUUUGGGUCAGGAAGGUUAAACUCUCACACAGGGGUGCUUACGCCAGCCAUCUUAUGAUAGGCCACAGUUGGCUAAUAUUUCUGUUUUGUAUUCAUUUUUUCACUUUGACAUUUUUUGCAAGCAACCCAGGUGGUUCAAAGAUGAGCAUAUCACUUUGGAUUCGAAUAGCAUCUCCCCAAACACGAUAUCAAACUAUUUUUGGGUCAGGAAGGUUAAACUCUGACACAGGGGUGCUUACGCGAGCCAUCUUAUGAUAGGCCACAGUUGGCUAAUAUUUCUGUUUUGUAUUCAUUUUUUCACUUUGACUUUUUUUGCAAGCAACCCAGCUGCUUCAAAGAUGAGCAUAUCACUCUGGAUUCGAAUAGCAUCUCCCCAAACACGAUAUCAAACUAUUUUUGGGUCAGGAAGGUUAAACUCUGACACAGGGGUGCUUACGCCAGCCAUCUUAUGAUAGGCCACAGUUGGCUAAUAUUUCUGUUUUGUAUUCAUUUUUUCACUUUGACUUUUUUUGCAAGCAACCCAGCUGCUUCAAAGAUGAGCAUAUCACUCUGGAUUCGAAUAGCAUCUCCCCAAACACGAUAUCAAACUAUUUUUGGGUCAGGAAGGUUAAACUCUCACACAGGGGUGCUUAUGCGAGUCAAGUCAUCAGCAACAGCAAUAUUUGCUCGUUCAUUUCACUCUUCAAAAUAUCUUACAACGCCAGAUGCGCAGCUACCAGAUAAAUUGCAAGCCUGGACCCACGUUGCGCUAACAAUUGAUUGGAAGUUUCCAAAGAUUGUGUUGUAUGUUAACGGUCGCAAUGUGGCACAGACAACCGUAACCGAUACCCACUCAGGAUCUGGCACAGUCCAUCCAGAAGUGAUAUUUGGAGCAGGAUCCUUAUAUACAUUAGCCGAUGAUCACUGGGAUAUGCAUAUUGACGAUUUUGCUUUUUGGAAUGAAUACAUUUUAGCUCCAGAAGAUGUUGUUUACGUUAUGAAUAAAGGGUUCGUCUAGAAAAAUAAGCACGAGACAGAGAUUCGUCUUCUUUUCCUUGGCAUACAAGCACAGAGAUUCGACUGAACAUGUGAAUGUAACAUUUGUCGUUACUAUCAGCAUCCUUUUUACCAAAAUACGACGAAGCAUAAGACUGAAAUGAUAGCCGGAGCAAUAACCAUUGCUUUCUUGAUAAAGCAAUGAACAAAAAGACAAAUUUUGGAAUAUUUGAAGCAGAAAUUUUGUUUUAAGACGUUUCGUAUAAUAUACGAAUUAAAUUAUUGAAGCACUGAAAUAUAAAAUAUUGUAAACUGGAAUUAUUAGAGCCAAUAGAAGAAGGAGUUAUAUAAAGGGAAAGUUAGGUUUCGAUUUUUGAAACAGUGUUUUUCAAAGGUGAAAUUAGAGCAAGGGGGCGCUAAUUAGAAACUGCAAUUUUGUAAAAAGGUUUUAGCGCCAUACUCAUUAUAUUCAUUUAACAAGUACUUCCAAUCCUUUUUAGAGAACAAAACACACAGAAAAGCUUUUGCAAACCUUUCCAUAGCGUCGUUGGAGCCGUCCAAUAAUUGUCAAACUGUACCACUACUAUAUUCCUUUAUAACAGUGUGCUUAAUGGGAAGCAAUAUAAUGGGCAGGCCCCCCAUCCCAAUAUGAAUUUCGUUCCGACGGCACUCCAAUUUAUGUGUCUACUUGAAAAUGGACAUAAUGCUCAUGCCUAACUUAUGUCAGGUACUAAACCCCAAAGUACUAAACCCUUCAAGCCUUUCAGAAUAUCUACAUGUUUGUAAAAUUUCAAAUAAUGCAGAAAUAGUCAUGUCUGAAUUUUAUGCAAAUUGUGUUGCAGUUCUAAUUGGGUAAAACAUAUGUACUGUUCAGGCAAAAUGGCGAUUAACUGAAUUUGCACCCUGGCCCUGAACAGUACAACAUAGUAUACAAUUUAUUUGUAUUGGAAGUUAGUUUCUAAAAGAUAGCAAUCAUGCACUCAAAUUUGUUAGAUCAAAAAAAAUUUCUAUAGAAACACUUUGUCAAUGUUUUUGGUAUUAUAUGAAUUAAAAGCUAAAAGUAA